AUGGUGUUUGCCGCCAUCACGGCACUAGAGCAACAUCCUGGUUGCAAGUCGCAACGGUCUACCAGGCUCGUGCUGAGGAGGUGUUGGUUGAGCAUGACCACCAAAUCCGCUGCCCUCCUGGUCCUUUUGAACUGCGGACAAUCCUUGGCGAACGGCUGGGGAUGGCUGCCAGAGGGUUACGGUCAGCACGAACCUCAUCAGGGUGAAGGCCGGCCAGCACACUGGGGUAACCGCCCACCCCCAUCCUGGCAAUCGGCCAGUCAAGGAUCUUGGGAAGCUGGGAAGGGCCAUGGCAGCAAGACCGUCGGACCAAGCCAGGCCUCAUCGAUACCUGUAUCAAUCCCCUACCCUUCUUUGAUCCCCUCUUCGGUCCGACCUUCGAUUCCGUCCUCGAUUCCUUCAUCGAUUCCUUCCGCCAUCCCUCACUCAUCUUACCCUUCAGGAGGUAACGGAGGAAGUGGCGGCUCGCCAACCAGCAGCCAUGUUACCAGCUACUUGGCCACGACCACCAUCUUCAGCGAAAUCACCGUGUACGGCUGCUACUCACACUGCCCUGUCCAGACCGCUCCGUCGUCGGCGCCCGGUGGCGGACAGCAAUCAAUUUCACCGACUGUACCCGUAGGAGGUGGAAGCUCAUCAUCUACGCCUGGGUCGGGAGCCUCACAGCCAGCGUCGUCGCCCACUACCAAGCCCUCUAAUGGUGGCUCGUUGCCGUCUGGAAGCGUCGGCUCUUCGUUCCCUGGAUCUGUGAAGCCAUCCGUCAAGCCCUCAGGAUCGGUCCCUGGCUCAGGCGGAAGCGUUGCGCCAACUACCAGCGUUAAGCCAUCUAUCCCAUCGGGCAGCUCGUUUCCAGGCAGCUCUGUGCCGUAUACACUCCCGCCGAAGCCGAGCGUUCAGCCCUCCGUGUCGGGAAGCUCGCCACCCGGAGGUUCGGUCCCUGGAAGCUCGAUCCCAUCAAAACCAGUCUCGACGCCGGUAUCUGUCCCCUCUUCGAUUGGAGGAAGCACUCCUCCUCUACCGUCGAGCAUCCCAUAUCCGUCUGGAGGAUCUUCUUUCCCGGGAUCUGUGCAGCCCUCUGUGCAGCCCUCUGUGCAGCCCUCUGUUACGCCUAGCGUCCAACCGUCCGUCAAGCCUUCGGUGGUUCCAUCGCAGCCUCCUUCAGUGGUCCCCUCUGUUGCGCCUAGCGUUCAGCCAUCUGUCACGCCUUCAGUGGUUCCCUCCGUCAAGCCAUCAGUAAUUCCAUCUCAGCCUCCGUCAGUGGUCCCCUCGGUCAAGCCUUCAGUGGCUCCGUCACAGCCUCCUUCGGUGGUCCCCUCCGUCAAGCCGUCGAUUCCAGCGUCCCAGCCGACGGGAUCGCAGCCUGCGUCGAGCUUCCCUAGCUCUUCUAAAUCUACGGUCGCGCCAUCAGUUGCGCCGUCGGUGGCUCCCUCAGUUGCGCCAUCCGUUGCGCCAUCAGUUGCGCCGUCAGUGCAGCCUUCAGUACAGCCACCGAAGCCGUCAGUGCAGCCGUCGGUGCAGCCUUCUGUGCAGCCUUCUGUGCAGCCUUCUGUGCAGCCUUCGGUACAGCCGUCAGUGCAGCCGUCAGUGCAGCCGUCAGUGCAGCCGUCAGUGCAGCCGAUCUAUUCCACCAUCCAGCACCCCAAGCUCAUCAGCACAGCCCUCAGUCCAACCCUCCGUGGCCCCAUCUCAACCAGCGUCUUCAGCAGCACCAUCAGUCCCGCCCAGCGUCGCUCCAUCUCAGCCAGCAUCCUCGCUGCCUCCCAUCCCAGCCUACCAACGCAGAGGCAGGGCUUUCUAGACCCAGAAAAGACCUUCCUCAGGCAGGCGAACAAGCAACAUUGGACACAGAUAGAUCUCGUAUGA